CAACAACAGGGGUCGAUGCUCUUUCAAUGUAACAUAUUUGCCAACCAUAGAAGAAGACGGGCAUCGAAUACAUCCGGGUAACAUUACAGUUGGAGCUUAUGAAUGCAGUGGUCAUAGAACUGUUUAACCAGGAAGGGAUGCCACCUUUAGCUGGAGCCGAGUUGGUCCACACUCCAUUGCAGCUGUAUCGAUACCUGCUCAGGUGCUGCAGGCAGUUACCAUCCACAGCGAUGCAGCAACACUAUCGACAUGCCAUAAGACAGGGUUACAACAGCCACUCAGAUGAAGACGACCCUGAGAGGAUACAGAUGAUCAUCCAGAGAGCGAUUGCAGAUGCUGACUGGAUUCUCGAUAAAUAUACCAAGAAGAAAUGAGAGCGUGUCCACGGUGGUGCAUUUUGCAGGGCUGUCCUGGAGUCACACUGGUAAAGCUUCCUCGGGCUGCAUAUGUAAUGACGUAGAAGCAAAACUGAAGGGGACCACAUACGCCUACAAGGGUUCUAGAUUAUCUUCCAUGCUGAAGAAGAAGGAGGAGGACAUGGAAGAUGGCAGCAAGUACAGCUGCUACCAUAUCUCUGCCUGUACUUGUUAAUAGUAAAAGUCUGGUAUGGAAGUACUUUACAUUCUUGUCCUGAAAUACUUUACUGCUUUGUUUGAGACAGCUAGCAUCAAAUCAGCUGUGUUCCUUACUAGAGCUGGGCAGUCAAGAAGGAAGCUGACACUCGGAAUCUCUAAGCCACGUAAUCUUUCCCGUGUCGGUUAUUUCAGUUUUUUAAAAUUCUGUGUUGUCAUGUGACUCUGUGCCUUCUGCAGCAUCAUGGAGAAAAACAAACAAAUCAACACAUCGAGCUGUGUGCACACCUUCAAAUCUCACGUCUGUUGUUUGGACACGUUUGACUUUAGUAAAGACGACUUCAAACAAAGAGGAGUAAAACAUUUCAUCAUCGAACAAUAAUGCUACAAAUCUGUUGCAACACUUGGAGGACAAUUGUGUCACCAAUUAAAAA